GCGUGGGACAGGCUCGGGGAUCACAGCGACCCACACAGAGGGACGUCCAUCAGAAGCAGCCGAGCCGCCCGGAGGACCUCAGCAGCACAGCGCAGAGCCAGUCAGUGUGUAGAGAUGAACACACAGCCCCCUGCAGGAAGUGCCCUGUCAGCUCCUGCACCCUUGGAUGCAGGUUCCACCCCCAAGAAGGGGCCCCCCAAAUUCAAGCAGCGCCAGACCCGCCAGUUCAAGAGCAAGCCCCCCAAGAAGGGAGUAAAAGGGUUCGGAGAUGACAUCCCGGGAAUGGAGGGCCUGGGAACAGACAUCACGGUCAUCUGCCCCUGGGAGGCCUUCAGUCACCUGGAGCUGCACGAGCUGGCCCAGUUCGGCAUCGUCUAGCCCUCCUCCUCUUCCUCCUUCCUCAGUAAGCCUCCAAACCUUCCCUGCCCCCCCACCCCCCAUCGUGUGUCACAUGCAGUUUGAAUAAA